GCAGCUGGGUACCAGAUAAGGAAUUAAGCCCAAGUUGACAGACCGAUUGCGAUUCGAUGGUAAUUUUUAAAUAAGUAAUCUUUUUGAAUUAACUAUCUCGAUAAGUUUUUGCCCGAAACUCGUUAAUAAUCCUUUUAUACGUAACGAACCCAAAAAAGGUACAAAUCGUGGAAACAAAAUACAUAAUCCAAUAUUGCAUGCGAACGAUUGUACGCAAAUUUCGAAUUAUUUCAUGUUUAUUUGAUAAAAGCUGUCAACCUCUGCCACCAAUCAGACGACAGUAGAAUCUCGAUAAUCGUCAGCCCGUUCACGCGUUUCUCGAUUGGUAAGCUAACAAUAAGUAUACUAUCGGUUCCGUGCCCCGAUAAAAAACCCAGCGUUCCUUCGAAAAAGAUCCGUUUCUCUUCCAAGUGAAACAAGACGAGAUACCGAGCGUGAGAAGCGUUUGUUGUAAAGCCCCAGUGAACGCGGUAGAAACGUUUCAAGGAAUUUCCACGAAGCCGCUUCGAUCGUUCGGCGAGGUUGGGGUCCAGCGAUCGCUAGCUACGGCGGUGGCUGGCAUAAAGGCCACGGAAAGAGCCGAAACAAGGCGAAUGGAGCCGAAGUGUAACGCCGACGGUCGAGCACGAGCAACCCUCGGCAGGCUGUGACUGCUAUGGCUAUUGACCGAACUUGGCGGACCGGCCGGUCAGCUGUGCGCCGAGCCGUCGGAGGUGUUUUCUCUGGUAGAAAAUCGUCCGCGUAGAUACAUGAUCGCGGACCACGGUGGCAAUGGCAAGGUGUUUUAUUGACGAACCGACAAUGAGAUCAGUGUUGAACGAGACCCGCUGAAAAGAAUAGUUGUUCGUUUUCGAUUUUCGGGAAGUGGUCGACAAGUAGUAGAAGUUAAAAGACAAGACCGACCGUACCAACUGAACCGACAGUAGGCAGUAAGCAGCAGUCUGAAAAACCGAGCAUAGUACAUGGAUUAGUUGAUGGUGCUGGUUACAUUUGUGCGUGAAUUUCCUUCAGUGAAAAAGCCGAAAAUUUUAGUACCGUAUCUUCAAAUAGAAUUUCUGAUACGUAAAGUUAUAUUUGAAGGAGUGUAAAGAAGAGCAAGCAGGAAACGAGGAGAAAUAGGAAGAUAAAAAACGGGAAAGAAGUUGGAUACUUUGGCCCACGGUGUUACUAGUCGGCACGUAGACCGGCUGUGCACGGCCAGCAGCCGAGUGAAAGAUAGAGAGAGAGAGAGCAAAUGGAUGCAAGAGAAAGAGAAACAAUAGUGAUGUGAGGGAAGAAGAGGAAGAGGAAGAGAAAGAGAGCAAGAGAACGCGACGAGACGAGACGAGACGGGACGAGACGAGACGAGUCGGGACGAGACGAGAAGAGCAAAGGAACGACAUCGGUCGAGAAAGAGGGAAAGGCGUAUAUCAAGGAAGAAAGACGGAUGGAUAGAUAGGUGUCGUGUACAUAUGUGCACAAAGUGACGUGUGUGUCGUGGCCGUGUGUGCAGGUGUGCGCGUGGUGCAGACUGCCGGUGCAAAAAGUGCAGUGCCCAGUGGACUUUUCCAUCUCGUGCGUGCGCUGCCUCUGCGAGUAGGCACGUAGACACCGGUGUUCCGGUGUGGACCGAUCGGAGAACGAACAGACGAUCGUGAGAGUUCGGUAACGUGAUUUUUCUAUACCGGUCACAUUUUAUUCACCAGAAAAAGAGUUUGAUUCAUUGCCGCAACGUUUAAUCUUAAGCAUAAAAAUCUAUCGGUCAAAGAAGAUUGAAGAAAUUUCGAUAGACAGCUUUUCAACUAUCUAGUGAAAAAAGCCUGUUCGCGAUGGGAUGAUUAGGGUAAAGAGAAAAGGAUGUAUGUAGCACGAGAAGAAAAGAACGAGAAACGAGGUAAUAAGAUCGUCCGUACCGACCUGCUUUACCGACAGAGCUCGUUGAUUCGCUGUUGGUAAAGUGGCUUCGUAUAGUGAUCUAUCGAGGAAGGAGAACGGGAAGAGAAGCAGACCGAGGAGACGCAGCAGUCGCGGAUUUCUGGUGGUCGCGAUAAGAACAAGCGCGAGCGUGUUCAGUUUCGUGCGAUCGAGGAUAUUUGUGUGCACGGAUCGUUCGGAUUCACCAGUGAUAUAUUACAUGUGAACACGAAGGAGAAGAAAAUCAUUUCCAAACGGUUUUUAUUGGACGACCGUGGAUACAGACUGUGAGAAAUUUCAAUCGACGUUACCAAGUAGUAAGUGUCUCGGUGAACCUGUGUGAUCAGACGAGCACGUUUUUACCGCGAACCACUUCUCCGUUCCGUACAUUAGCCGCAACACGAGAACCAUUUUGUAACUAUAUCUAAUUUGCGUCUGGAAUUAAUACGUUAUCAAGACACUAGACAGGAGCCGGUUGUUUUACCACAAUUAAUGAACUACGGUGAAGGUUACGAAGAUCCGGAGCAGAACGUGAUUCUUUGCACGAAGUAAAGGAAAGAGAAGGAAAGCUGGAGGAAGCAAGGGAAAACCAAUAAAAGGGUAUAACAUUCAAACAGAACAGACACAUUUGUUUGAAUAGGCAAAGUAAUCGGAGAUCGAGGCAUGCGCGUAUCGCUUGAUUCCAAGACAGAUUCGAUUCGAUUCGAGACGUAUCGUGUGCAAGCAGAAAACCUUGUUCGUCGAGCGUAUUGGUAAAAUAAAUUCGAUCUAAUUGACGAAGGGAACCGCUUUAAGGUCACCUGGAAUUACACUCGAUAAACCCACGAGGAUCUCUCCCGUCGGCUACACACGGCUCGCGGGGACUACGUUGAAAAUCGUUCGGUGUCGUUGCUUGACGAAACCGGUUUCGUUCGGCUCGGCGAAUCUCGGCGUUUAUACAAAGGUCGUGUGUGCGCGCACGAGAGAUAGAAAGAGAGAGAAAAGUGGUAGGAGUGAGAUUUAUGGAAAACGAAUUUACACGAGGUCACACCCACGGGAGCGACUUUUUCCUCUUCGUCUCGUUCCCUCUUGCUCUCAUCGGUUUUUUUCUCAUCUUUAUCCGUUUCCUACGUUUCGUGUCUCCGUCUGUCUGUUUCCAUUUUAAUCGUACUAAUAAUAAAGGACGAAGUUGAACGUGCAACGAAUCACACGUUGGAUCGUGUCUCGACGUUACCGUUCAAAUUCGACAGACUGUUGCCCCCCUCCUUACGUUCGCGUUAAUACCGAAUGGAAUCUUUUCUUCAUGAAGAUAUCGGCGUGUUCGGGCGAUAAGCUAACUAUCGAAUGCGAAACGACACGUUUACCCGGGACUGAUCGGUAGGCAAUUAAACGAUUUUUAAACGGUGAUUAAGGACAUCGGGAUUUCGGUUUCUUUUGUAAACAGAGAAAGAGGGGGUGAGAAAGAGAAGAGUGGAGAGGCCUGAGUCGCGGCACGGUGUAAAAAUCGAGUGACACGGAACAGAGUAGAAACGGCAGAGAUCAACGAACUUGACGGAACGUCUCGAACCAAAUUUUCAGAUCGACCGUCGUCCGUGAAGAAAGUUUUCUUUCAAAGCGGCGCGGCGCGACGGGGACCGAUCGGCGCGAGCGUUACUGACGACAUGCGAGUGACCUUGCACCGCGACUCGAGCAAAACGUUCACGUUUUUAACACACGAGAGUCUGUCGACGCGGCGCCUGAAACGUCCCACGGCGAACAGCAGCGGCGAGUAGUGAAAGAGGAAGAGCAAGAAGAAAGAGUUACAACGAUUUCAAGGUGGAAACCGUGGAACGAGGGAAAAAGUCGGUGACACGCGGCAGAGACGACGAUGAGGGCUCGUGAAUCGUGUCUGUCGAGGGAGGCUCAGGACUCACCGGAACGCACCAGCGACUAUAACUCGAGAGCCUCCAGCAUGGAAGCGUUUAAUAAAACCUAGUCGUGGCUGGAGCUUUGAUGAUCGUGACCGGCCUUAGCUAUGAAGCGGGCGUCAAGUGCAUCCGCCGCUGCCGCUGCUGCCGCCGCCGCCGCCGCCGCAGCUGCGACCGCUGCUCCGCAGGUGCAGCCUGCGGUCACCUUACACGGAAGGAUACACGAUCUCCUUAGCCCGAUAACGUCGCCAGCGAACAGAGAGGAAUACGAGAAGCUAGCCGAAACGAAAGUAUCGCCGAAAUCACCGAAAUCACUCAAGUCGCCGAACGAGAACCCGAGCGAUGACAAUAAAGCUAAAAGCACGGCCAUGCCACGGCUCUUAGCUGUCGACUCGGACAAUUACAUGCUCCGGAAGGGUGCCGGGACGACGAACCCCGUCGCCUCGAGCUCGUCCGUUACCCCAACGAUCGUGCCACCAGCAUCGACCGCCUCCACCUCGAUCGCGUCCAAUCUGCAGCUGCACCGCGAUUCGAGACAACUGCCAUCACAUUUACCAACCAUUGUCCACAAUGCGACCUACAACGAUCUUCAUUUUACCGGUUCGACGAGCCGACCAAGCCCGUCUAGAAACAUUUACGUCAACGAUCCCACUCGCGGUUCCGAAUUGAGCAAAUCCAAAGGGAAUGUCACAUUGCCCUUAUCCAGACGUUACCCUGUUGUUGGUAAUCACCAAACUCAUCCCGUUAACAGCACUUCCCCUUCGUCCAGCUGCUCUUCUGCACCCGCUACUACUUUCUCACCCGUCGUCUCCUCGACUCCAUCGAUCUCCACAAGUUUGAUGAACGGCAACGUAACUCUCAAUCAUUAUCCCGGUAUAUCCUCGUUGAACGUACCCCAAUCGGGCCAAAUUAACAGUUUACAGAACGAGGAUGCUGCGAGGCAAACGUUUCGUUCGAAAAACGUUAUUCCGCCACCGCCUACGAGCGAACACGUCGAACACGAUCAGAAUUGUUGGAUAAACGUUUCCGCUUGUGCCAGACCGGUGUCAUUUCAUCGGUUCUUGUGCUCGUGCGACAGUAUCGUACCGCAGUUGCAACAGCCGUGGCUGCAGACCAUCGAACCGUCGCGGUCGCGGUCGCGGUCGCGGUCGCGCUCGUUGAGCGGUAGUCGCGAACGAGUGGCAGAGGGCGGUGUCGACGCGAAUUCAAUCGGUCAGCAGGGCUUUGCCAGUAACGGGCAACGCGCCCUUGUCAAGGGCAAUGGAACCGGGUCCGAGACGACCACUAAUAAGCUAACAGCCGCUUGUAAUCCCUGCUGUUGCAUGUGCGGUUCUCUAUGUCCCACAGAGUGUCAUGCGUGCUUCCACGUGGUCUGCUCGGAGUACAGCGGGCAGCAUCUCUGCCAAUGGAGUAGCAAGGGUCACGCGCUACCGGGCCAGGUUCUCGACAAGGACAAGCCCGUGAACGAGUGGACAUCAUUAAACGUGGUCGAAUGGAUGGCUGCCCUAAAUCUCUACCGCUAUGCGGACGUUUUCAAGUCGAAGGACGUCAAGGGCAGUGAUCUUCCCCACCUAGACCGGGAUAAGCUCAUGAACAUGGGCAUCAAGGAUGAGUUCCACCAGAGAACCAUUUUAGCUUGCAUCGAGGAGCUAUGCCAGUCUUCAGCCUCACCGUCGUCGAUUUCGUUGCCACAGUUUGCCGCCAUAGCCACACCAUCCACGUCCAGCAUGGUCACCGACUCGAUCUCUUCCGUUGCCAGUGGUUCUUCGACUUGUAAUAAUGCUCAUACCCUCAUGCCACAAAGCUUCAGCGUGUUGGAAAAGUGCGACAAGUGCCAUAAAUACCUCAGGGGCCUGCUGCAUCAAGGUUUUCUCUGUCUAGAUUGCGGUUUAGUAGCUCACAGGACGUGUACGGCGACGGGUUUGCCCCCUAACUGCCUGCCAGUCGACUCGGAAAAUCGUGUCCAUAGAUUUACUCCAGUAUUCGGUCUUGGUUUGUGCUUGCAAUUCGACACUUCCACUCGUACCGCACCUAUCCUAGUUGAACGGUGUACCCGUGCCUUGGAGGAGAAGGCGUUUGCGGAUAGCACGCUGGAUCUUUACAAAGUCUACCACAGCAGUCCUCCUAACGAGCAAACGUUGGAACUGCGGCAAAAGUUAAACGAAGAUGUUUGUAACGCUGAUUUAAAUUCCUACACCCCGCAAUGUAUCGCGAGCGUAUUGAAGAAAUUUCUACGGGAAUUGCCGGAUCCGGUGAUACCCGUUCAAUUCUACGACAGGUUUAUCGAAGCAUCUAAUACGAAGAAUGACGAACAAUGCGCGCAACGUUUAGCACAGCUGGUCCUUGAGCUUCCAGAACAUCAUCGUACCACAUUGUUUCAUUUGAUGGCUCAUUUCUGUCGAAUCUGUCAGCUGCAACACGCAAGAGGUUACACGGAGCCUCCUACCAUCCUCAUACAGGUUCUCUGUCACAUUUUCGUCAGACCACCUUGGGAACGGAUCGUACAAAUCGUUCACAAUAUCGAGGCUCAUAUACGAAUUAUAGAGAUACUUUUAUUACACGGCGAUUGGAACGAAAGAUUGCCACAAUUCGCGAGUCCUCCGCAACUACCACCGCGAAAAGUUUCGAGACCACAAUUUCCAGUUUUAGAUCCGUUCCCUGUUCUUGACGAGGAUAGCACUACUAUGGCUCCAUCAACGUCCAGCGCAGAAAGUAAUCAACAACAACAACAACAGCUACAACAACCACAGCAACAACAGCAACAACCUCAUAGGCCACGUACACUGCAAGAAGCUGAAUGGUAUUGGGGAGACAUAACGAGGGAUGAAGUUAACGAGAAAAUGAUCGAUGCACCGGAUGGUACCUUUUUGGUUCGUGACGCUUCCUCGAAGGGAGGGGAAUAUACCCUGACAUUGCGUAAAGAUGGGACCAACAAGCUUAUCAAGAUUUGUCAGCGGAACGGAAAAUAUGGCUUCUCGGAGCCGUAUAACUUUCAUUCGGUUAUCGAGCUGGUGGAUCACUAUAGGAAUUGCUCUUUGGCACAGUAUAAUGCCACGCUGGAUAUUAAACUAUUGUACCCUGUGUCUCGGUUUCAACAGGACGAUGAUAUUGGAAGUACAACAGACAUGGCGAAUGUCGUACAAAAAUACAUUGAACUCGACAAAGAGUUAACCGACGCAUUGAAGGAGUACCUUGGUUUUUCUGAAAUGUAUAACAGAACCGCUUCCGAGGUACAACUGAAACGGCAAGCGUUGGAAGCGUUCUCGGAGGCUAUUAAAAUGUUCGAGGAUCAAACGAAAUUGCAAGAAAAGUUCCAGAAAGAAGCUCAACCUCACGAAAUAUUAACAUUAACCGAAAAUGCAGAACUGUUGAAACGAAGACUGAAAUCCUUAGAAGAUAGCAGAGAGCAAUUGGAUCGUUGCUUGAAAGAACAGAUUGCUUACAACAGAACUCUCGAAAGAGAAAUGCAGAAACUGAAACCUGAAAUUCAACAGCUUCAACGCCAGAAGGAUAAGCAUGUAACAUGGUUGAAGAAGAAUGGUAUGAAUCAAAACAAAAUCAAUAAACUUAUAUUCACUUUACACUCGCUUUCAAAUCCUGUAUUGGGCGAAUUGUACGGAGAUCUUCAGGAAGUGGAUCUUGAAGUUCAUUCGGACGAGAAGACGUGGCUUUAUUUAGAAUGUUCUCGUCCCGAUGCUGAUCGUUUAUUGGCCGAGAGGCCAGAUGGUACAUUUCUCGUUCGAACCUCGAGAACUGGACAAUACGCUCUUUCGAUCAUGUGUAACGGUACGGUGAAUCAUUGCAUAAUAUACGGUACUGAACGCGGCUUCGGUUUCGCCGAGCCGUAUAACAUUCACAAGAGUUUGAAACACUUGGUGCUACAUUAUGCUCAGAACUCUUUGGAAGAACACAACGAGUGCCUGAACACGACACUAGCUUAUCCGGCGUUUGCUUCACCCGCUGCGUUGGCGCAGUUACAAGCUCAACAGAUGCAGUUGCAGAUGCAGAUGCACACACAGAACCAACUACAGCUGACGCGUCCACUCGAGAAUCAACACUUUAUGCCGCACACGUAAUACUUGUGUUGCGAUUAACGUAGCUGACCGACUUACACAAAUGUUGUUACGUACGCGUAUUCACGUGUGCGCACACGCGAGUUUUCCAGGAUAAAAAAGAAACGAUCUCGUUCGUUUUUUUUCCCGAUCGGUACGAUGGUGUCUUUGUCUCAAGAAACACGCGAUAAUUGAUCGUUCCGUUUUCUUUCUUUUUCUUUUUUUUUUUUUUUAUUCUAACUAAGAGGUGAACACCGUUUCCUUAAACGAAAUACGGUGGUAUUGACGAUACAGCGGAUAAACGUUGAUAAGUGGUAGCGGUAGUAAUCCUCAGAAACUGCAUAGUUUAUAAGACGAUGGUACAGUGCGCGUAUAUUGCCAUGGCGCAAUAAAAAGAAGAAAAUAACGAUUACGUUUCACUCGACAGGACCAUAAUGACACGCUACGUCGUAAGUUUUACAAUUAGUUUCUCAGGGUCUUGUGGGCGUUCGUCUUUGGAUAAAACCUUCUCGACGAUCGUCUCGAAAAUUCCCUUUGGUACGCGUGUGUGAACAAGAAAGAUCGGUACCUGUGGUCGCUGUCGGUUUAAAAUUCCUCCGUGGGUACGCGCGACAGAGAAAGAAAUUAGCGAGGUGCGACGCAUCUUCGAAUGUGUUUAACUCUAUCGAACACGUCAGAAUCACAGAGGCAUAUAUCUAGUCUUUAACAGGCAAUACGACGACGGAUAAAAAAAAAAAAAAAGAAAAAUACCUACAGAACAGAACGAAAGAACGUAAAUCUGACUUCGUUUAAACUACUCAUCGUUUCAAUUGGUAAUCAGGGUAGUUAAAGUAAUCAACAUCAUAAAUAGUAAUCCCAUCGUCUGUUCCUUCGUAAAAAGAAAAUGAAAACACGGAUUGAAUGAAUUUUGUAGACCACUGUACUUCUGACUUCUUCGAUAUUCUCUUUUGCGAAGAUACUUCGAUGCGCUGACAUAUGGUUUUACGUCGCGAAUGCGAUCGACGAAGUAAGUAAUCUUCGACGGUGAUAUUAGAGUAUAAUUAGAUGCAUCCGUGGCACGAUGCCGACGAGAGACGUUUUUUUUUU